ACGGUGUUGUCAGUGGAUUGGGGAGGUUUGAUGUAGACAGUUACAGCAGAGGAGUUCAGUAGGAAUUUGGAUUUUUUUAUUAAAAAAGCAUAUAAAUCAGUUUAAGAGUACUGUAUGUUCCCAGGCCUCCGAGAACUCCAGUUCGAAAGCGUUAGGGAGUUAAAACGACGAAUGGCGAGCCCCCAGAGUUGGGUGUGUUUCUCGGCGAGAAGUGUUACGUGAGCCCGGCGUCUAAUUUAGUGCGAGGCCUAGUUAAUCGGUUUUCACUUUGUUUUCAGUAAAAGGUGCCUUUAGCAAAGAUGGCGGAGUUUGCGUGCCUGCAGUUUGUGAGUUCGUUUGCAUUUGAAGCAAUGCAGAAGGUUGAUGUGGUAAAACUGGCAGCUUUGAGUGAUCCAGAGUUAAGGCUACUCUUGCCGUGUCUGGUGAGAAUGGCACUUUGUGCCCCUGCUGAUCAAAGUGAGGCUUGGGCACAAGACAAAAAACUCAUCCUGCGUCUUCUGUCUGGGGUUGAGGCUGUCAACUCUAUUGUGGCUCUAUUGUCGGUUGAUUUUCAUGCUCUGGAACAGGAUGCGACCAAAGAACAACAGCUCAGGCACAAGUUAGGUGGAGCAAAUGGAGAGAGCAUCCUAGUAUCACAGCUACAGCAUGGCUUAGCUUUGGAGUUUGAACAUAGUGAUUCCCCUCGUCGUCUCCGACUAGCACUUAGUGAACUGUUAGUGAUCAUGAACAAGUUGUCUGAUUCAAAUGGAGAAUUUUUUAUGAAGUCUUCAGAACUGUUUGAAAGUCCUGUGUAUCUGGAUGAAGUUGCAGAUGUGCUCUGUAUCCUUCAAGCAGAACUUCCAUCACUGUUACCUAUUACUGAAGUAGCUGAGGCAUUGCUCCAUGUACGAAAUGGAUCAUGGUUCAUGUGUUUGUUGGUGGCCAAUGUCCCUGACAGCUUCAAUGAAGUUUGCAGGGGCUUAAUUAAAAACGGUGAGCGGCAGGAUGAAGAGAGUAUCGGGGGCCGUCGCAGAACUGAGGCACUACGGCAGCUGUGCAAAAUGAAUCCUUCUCAAGCCUUAAACGUCAGAGCCAUGGUGGUGGAGGAAUGCCACCUUCCAGGUCUUGGAGUGGCCCUGACCCUGGAUCAGUGCAAGAAUGACGGUUCUGAAGAUACUGUGACUGAUCUGGUCUCCUUUGUUAGUGGCCUACUGCUGGGAACUAAUGCAAAAGUGCGAACUUGGUUUGGAAUGUUCAUCCGCAAUGGACAGCAGCAUAAGAGGGAACGCAGUAGCUCGGUGCUAUGGCAGAUGAGAAGGCAGCUGCUGCUGGAACUAAUGGCAAUUCUCCCAAUGGUUAGCAGUGGUCGCAUUGGUGAGGACACUGCAGAUACUGACAUGGAACCUAAUAUUUCGGUGUACUCAGCACUGAAAGAGGAAAACGUGGUGAAGGCUAGCGCAUUGUUGCGGCUCUACUGUGCACUCAUGGGAAUCGCUGGACUCAAGCCGACCGAUGAAGAAGCUGAGCAGCUUUUACAGCUAAUGACAAGCCGCCCGCCAGCAACUCCAGCUGGUGUCCGCUUCGUGUCUUUGUCCUUCUGCAUGCUGCUGGCAUUCCCCAGUUUAGUCAGUACACCUGAACAAGAACAAAUGACUGUAAUGUGGUUAAGCUGGAUGAUCAGGGAGGAGGCAUAUUUUGAGAGUACCACAGGGGUCUCUGCUUCAUUUGGUGAGAUGCUUCUAUUGGUUGCAAUGUACUUUCAUAGCAAUCAGCUCAGUGCCAUCAUCGAUUUGGUCUGUUCUACUUUGGGUAUGAAGAUUGCAAUUAAACCAAGUUCACUGAACAGGAUGAAAACCAUCUUCACACAAGAAAUAUUUACAGAGCAGGUAGUUACUGCUCAUGCUGUACGAGUACCUGUAACCAACAAUCUGAGUGCUAGCAUUAUUGGGUUCUUGCCUAUACACUGUAUUUACCAGCUGUUAAGAAGUCGUGCUUUUACCAAACACAAAGUUUCCAUCAAGGAUUGGAUUUACCGACAAAUGUGUGAAACGACAACCCCUCUGCACCCUCAGCUAAUUCCGUUGAUUGAUGCUUACAUCAACUCCAUUCUGACGCCAGCAUCCAAGGCUAAUCCUGAAGCUACAAAUCAACCAAUCACCGAACAAGAGGUCCUCAAUGUGUUCAAUGGCCUUACCUGGGGGGAGAACAACCGAUGUCGACAGAGGCACAGCAUCACAGCCCAGCUUCUGGUUCUUUAUUACACAUUGUCGUAUGAGGAGACUCUGCUCGCCAAUGUGAAGCCAUUAGCGGCAGUUCAGAAGAAGCCCAAGUCUUACUCUGCAGCACUGAUGGACCAGAUUCCUAUCAAGUAUUUAAUUCGCCAGGCCCAGGGGCUUCAACAGGAGCUUGGAGGCCUUCAUUCUGCAUUGUUGCGUCUACUGGCAACUAACUAUCCUCACCUGUGUAUGGUGGAUGACUGGAUGUGUGAGGAGGAAGUGACAGGCACAGAGGCACUGCUUUCCAGGAUGCUGCUGACCAGCCGGGCCAAACGCCAUACACCCAAGAAGCUGCAGGAAGCUUUCCAGGUGGCUUCUAGCAAUUACACUCAACUGAUGCAGACCUUGGAGGACUUGACACUACUGUCUGCCAGUGAGCUGAUCCCAUUUGCAGAAGCAUUGAUGUUGGAUUUGUAUCGGUUGCUUGAUGCAGAUGUUCCCCGACGAAUUCUCCAGACAGUCAACCAGCUCUGGAUGCUUCUCAACACUGUUAUGCCAAGGAGGCUGUGGGUGAUGACAGUGAAUGCCUUGCAACCAAAAACCAAACUGCUUCGCCAGCAGAAGUACACUCAGAAUGACCUGAUGAUUGAUCCGCUGAUCGUGUUGCGAUGUGACCGGAGAGUGUACAGGUGCCCCCCACUAAUGGACAUUACCUUGCACAUGCUUAAUGGAUACCUUCUAGCUUCAAAAGCCUACCUAAGUGCUCACUUGAAGGAGAAUAUGGAUCAUGACAGCAAACCAUAUCAGAAUAACACCGUGGGGGUAGUAGGGCAACCCGAAGCCCCAGAAGUCACAAGAGAGGAGCUGAAAAAUGCUUUGUUAUCAGCCCAGGACAGUGCAGCCAUUCAAAUUUUAUUGGAAAUCUGCUUGCUUACUGACGAGGAGCGAUCACAGAGUGCAGGAAAGUUCCUGAAGCUGCAGGACCAAACCAACAAUCUGUCUGAAUCUUUGGAGAAUACUCAGGCAACUUUACUGAGCAAUGUCCGCGAGGUGCAGUGUCUCAUCUGCUGUCUCCUGCAUCAGAUGUUUAUUGCAGAUCCAAAUAUUGCUAAACUUGUUCACUUUCAGGGUUAUCCAAGUGAACUGCUGCCUCUGACUGUGGCUGGAAUUCCCUCCAUUCACAUAUGUCUGGAUUUCAUCCCAGAACUUUUAGCACAACCACAACUGGAGAAGCAGAUAUUUGCCAUUCAGCUUUUGGCCCACUUGUGUAUCCAGUAUGCACUGCCCAAAUCUCUCAGUGUUGCCCGCUUGUCCAUCAAUGUCAUGGGAACAGUACUCACAGUAUUGACCCAGGCUAAGCGGUUUGCUUUCUUCAUGCCUACAUUGCCCUGUUUGGUUUCUUUCUGUCGAGCCUUUCCUCCACUAUAUGACGAUGUAACCUCAUUACUAAUACAGACUGGACAAGUAUGUGCCUCGCAUGUUGCUACUCAGGCACAGGAUAUUGACCCCAUCAUUAAACGUCUCAAAUAUCUAAAGGAGAAGACAGAAGUAACUCCUCCUGACCACUACAGCAGUUCAGGUCUGGAAAAGACUAAAAAGAGUCAGACAGCUGUACCAGUGUGUUUGGACCCGGAUGUGCUUCUUUGCCAGCGUGUUGAAGCAACAUUUCUGGAGAUAAUAAACACAGCUGUUGUUGGAGUUUAGCAUCAAAAUUGAGAAAGAUGUAUGUCAAAUAUAAAAACCAUUGUACCAUCUCACACAUGGUACUACCAGACUGUGGUGACAAGUUGGUUUUGAGGCAGUUGAAACUACAACAUUGGAUCUGGGGACUGAAACAGACUGCAGUAACAUCAAAAUGUGAUAAACUUCAUAAAUGUUGGCAGGUUUGAUGUGUCUCCACAGAAACGCCAAUAUAUGUUUUCAAAAGAAUUUUAUAUAGUUGACUAAUUCCUGACCAAACCACAGUUUAUUCCAGUUUUUAAAGAAUCCCUGCUUACACAAUGACCAUAAAGUUAAACUGUGAAUCUGAAAUGACCAUUUAUUCUUUCAUUUGCCUCAAGCUAUUCUUUAUCUACAGUACUCUCAAAGGACAUGGAAGUAAUUGUUUUCCAGCUGUACAGUUUUUAAACUUUUCAUAACAAUAUGCAUUUGUUUCGUACCAGAAGGAAGCUCAGGGGUUUGACAUAUUUUGGUAGAUCAUAACUGAGUGUGGGCGCUCCAUCUUGCCCUGUUCCUAUAUGCUGUCUUCGUGAUUCAUGUGCGAGGACACCCAGAUCUCCCAUUUCAGAAUUUUGCAGUUGGUUUUCCUGCAUCUUCUGACUUUGAACAUUUUCACUUAACUUCCUAAAAUUGGUACGUUAUUUGGGCUGGAUUCAAACAUUGUUGUACCAAUAUGCCACUCCUUUCAGGAAAAGUCCAUUGGACUCCAUGCCACAGUAGCAAGGGUAGUGUACUGCCUCUCAGCUACAACCCUGUGCUCCCCACUCAUUCUAAUUCCAAUGACUUCUUGCCUUUUCCCUUUUUUUUUGGUCUUUAGGUGCCUUGACACUGUGUUUUCAAUUUCUCUUGUUCUCUGUAGCUUCAUGUUAAUAGAUCACUGCCAUAUGCAUUUGUUGCUAUCACUAUGUACAAUGUUAUUUGCUUAUUCUUGCAUAUAGUGUCAACUGACACUAUCACAGACUUUGUUAGCUGUUCUUAAUCUGCUGUGGAAGCUAACAGGAAAGUAGUUGAUUUUGACUGCUAUUGAUCUGAAGCUCAAGCAAAGAAAAUACACAAGGGAGAGUGACUAGAACUAUAGUGAAGCUGUGCAUUGUGUUUUUAGAUGGUCUUUACUUUAUAACUGUUGCUUAAAGCAAAAUUCAAGUAAAAUUUGUAAGAAACUAUUUAAUAAAGCUUCAAAAA